AACCAAUAAACAAAACCCAGUCACUCUCGUCUUUUCUCUCUCACAUUAAAGAACACUCUUUUCUCUCUCAUUACUCCCUCUGUGUUUUUUCUCUCUCAGAAAAUCCGAAAUUUCUCCUCAAUUUCUCUUCUUUUUGUUUCCGAAAUUUCAAUAUACUUGCUCAGCAAUGCAUGAUCUUCAUUUUAAUUCCAAUUUCGAGUUUUGAAACUCUAAUUUGCAUCCGCUUUGCAUUGACUCACUGAGUUGGAAUAGAAAUAAUGCUGGAGGCUGUGGAAAGUUCAGUCAAUGGAGGGUUCCCGCACUUGCAGAGCUGUGGAGACAGCAGCGAGGAGGAGCUCUCCGUGUUGCCUCGUCACACUAAGGUGGUGGUGACCGGAAAUAACAGGACCAAGUCGGUGCUUGUGGGUCUUCAAGGAGUGGUCAAGAAGGCUGUUGGGCUUGGUGGCUGGCAUUGGCUGGUUCUUACAAAUGGCAUAGAAGUAAAGCUACAGAGGAAUGCCCUUAGUGUGAUAGAGGCUCCCACCGGGAAUGAGGAUGACGAUGAUUUGGAAUUUGAUAAUGUACAGUGGAAUGGAUCUGACAUGGCAUCCGAUGACACCCAAAAGUCCCAUAGAUCAAGGCAUAGGACGCAUAAAUCAACGGGGUCAUCUCACAAGACUAUGAGCAGGUCCCUCUCUUGUGACUCGCAGUCUAAGGGCUCUGUUUCCACACCUCGUGGGACCGCGAAAGUUGACCUCAGCAAAUUAGAGAUGGCUGCCUUGUGGAGAUAUUGGAGACACUUCAAUCUUGUGGAUGCUAUCCCCAACCCAUCUAAAGAGCAACUAGUAGAUGUUGUUCAGAGGCAUUUUAUGUCCCAGCAAAUGGACGAGCUGCAGGUGAUUGUGGGAUUUGUUCAGGCUGCAAAGAGACUGAAGACCGUCUGCAAGUGAAGACAUGAUUAUCAGUCACAAUGUUUGAGAUGUACUGAAUCUCAAAUACUAACAGAUACUGGUACCUAAAUGUCCCCUUCCCUGUCUGUAACAUAUGUAUGGCUUGUUUAUCAUUAUCGUUUAUGUUAGUAUUUAGCGGGGGCUGGUAGUGGUAGUUGCUAUUAUGUCCCAGCUAUAGAGCUGCUGCUGCUGCUGCUUCUUCUUCUUCUUCUUCUUCUUUUUCUUCUUCUUGUUGCUGCCCUUUUUGGUAGUGUAGUUAUGUAGAUAUUAUGUAAACUGGUUAUUAGACCUCCAAGAAGUCCCUGUGGCAUUUUCUUCUAAGCUUUGGUUUAAUGUAUUGCUGACGUUGGGGAAGUGGACUUCUGAAAAAUGUAUAUAUAUUCUAUGUUCUCUGCUUUUCUUCUC